AUGGCUAUGACUACCCUUGGGAAGCGGACAAGAAGCUCGAGAGAAGUUGCCCUCCCAGAGCGGGACCUUCCUGCAAAACGACCGAAACGCCAGACCCGGAGCUUCCAGGUCAACGACGAGAAUGCCUAUCCGGAGGCAGCCGCCAUCGAGAACUUGGACAUUCAGGACAUAGUCACAGGCGAGAUCACCGAGGACACGCCUGCAGAGACGCCUGCCUUUGAUGACGACGCCGACCUGCUUCCUAAGAAGCAUGCCAAGAGAGGUAGUGGCGGCCGCUCGUCCAAGUCCAAUGGCCCUGAUCUAACCUUGGCCGAAUCAGACUACAACCCGCUCACGCCCUCUACACCUCGGUUCAGGGAUGCACUUGCCAAAGCACCUGUUACACCCCGUCAUCGGGUUAUGUCCGCUGGGAGAGUCUCCAAGCGAAUGACACCGCAGACGCCUCUUACACCCGCGGCAGUGCAGACCAUCUACCACCAUGCCCGCCAACUCUUCUCUCGAAGCGCAGACCCUGGCCAACUCAUUGGACGCGAUGAUGAGCGUGCACAACUUGGUGGUUUCUUGGAGCGGUGCUCGGAGCCCAAUCCGAGUGGGUGUCUCUAUGUCAGCGGACCGCCGGGGACUGGUAAGAGCGCCAUGGUCAACGAGAUCACUGAGAAGGCGAGCCAGUCAUCGACAGUCAAGAAGGCUUACAUCAACUGCAUGAGUAUCAAGUCAUCCAAGGAUCUCUAUACCACUCUACUAGACCUUCUCUGCAAUGAGUCCGAGCUUGCAGAAGCAGACGCUGUCUCGACCCUUCAGAAGCUGUUCAUUACCAAGAAGAAGACUUCCGAAGUCUACCUAGUAGUCCUGGACGAGAUUGACCACAUCCUCACUCUCGACUUGGAAAGCUUGUACCGCGUGUUUGAGUGGUCAAUGCAAAAGACAUCGCGUCUAGUGUUGGUUGGGAUUGCCAACGCUUUGGAUCUGACAGACCGCUUUCUUCCUCGACUCAAGUCUCGCAACCUCAAGCCCGAACUCCUACCUUUCCUGCCAUAUUCGGCAACGCAGAUCAAGACCAUCAUCACUUCACGUCUCAAGAGCCUUGUACCGGAAGGGGCUCCGAUACCAUUUAUCCAUCCCGCCGCAAUCGAGCUGUGCUCUCGAAAAGUCUCUAGCCAGACAGGCGAUUUGCGGAAGGCCUUCGAGAUCUGCCGGCGGGCCAUUGAUCUUGUGGAGCUGGAGACGAAACAGAAGCACGAGGCGGAGAUCAAGGAGAAGAUGCUUCUCGCGACACCUUCGCGGAAGAUUUUGGGCGAGAACAACAACCUCUCGUCACCUUCGAAGCGCUACCCAGAGAAGAGCGCCUCUGCUGCCCUGAUGGAGUCGCUCAAGAGCUUGACGAUAGAGACCGCCCCGAGAGUUAGCAUCGGCCAUCUAAACAAGAUCACUGCCGCAGCCUUCAGCAAUGGCACGAGCCAACGACUCAAGACUCUGAACUUGCAACAGAAGGCGGCGCUGUGCGCUCUCGUGGCAUUGGAGAAACGAAACAGGGCUGCGAAGACAUCCGUACUGGCAACCCCUUCCAAAUCGCAGACCAGUGCGCCUAGCAUCAAAAUCUUGUACGAUACCUAUUGUCGAUUAUGCACUGAAGAGUCCGUGUUACACCCGUUGUCGAGCUCUGAGUUUCGGGAAGUCAUGAGCAGCUUAGAGACGCUGUCUCUGAUUAGCACGGUGGACGGCAAGACCGGCUCUUUCACCAUGGCUCAAACGCCCAGCAAGAGGGGGAAGCGCAGUGCUUUCGGCCCUAAUGCCGGGUUGGCUGACGAGAAACGAGUUGCCAGCUCCGUUGGAGAGAAAGAGAUGGAGCAGGCUAUAGAGGGCAUUGGAUCUGGCAUUCUGCAGAGCAUCUUGUCCGGCGAGGCGUUGGAUUAG